AUGGCCAGUGUGUCGAAAGCGUUUCGCGCCCGGGCCUUCGAUGCCAACAAGUCUAUGGCGAUUUAUUGGGGCCAAGAGUUGCCGGAUCUGUCGGAAUGUGCGACUGGCAAUCGGGCCGUCACACAAAUGCCGUCGGGGAUGGAAAAAGAGGAAGAAAUGGUGAGUUAUAGGCAAAUCUAUGCCCGAUUUUUCAUUUUUUCUUUCUGUUUUGCGUUUUUAUGCAUUCUUUUUGAUUUCUUAUUACUUACCGUGUUAUUCUGCGUAGGUUCAUAUACUUUUUGUUAGGAUUCUCAACAAAAAUAACAUAGGUACGAAAUAACAUGCAAGUUUGUAGCUACAAAGUUGUUCUUAUCCAGUUUUUAGCCAAUUAUUUUAUAGUUUUAAGCUUUUCUUAUUGAGUUUUACCAAUUUGAUUAUUCUUUGGUCACUAUUGGUCAUUUUUGUUAGAAAAAUUUCGGUUUUAAAGUUAUUCCUCUUCACUUUCAGUCAAAGAUCGGACAGUAAAGGUCAUUCUUAAUUUCAAUUUAUAGUUUAUAGUCAUUCCAAUGUUAUUUUUAUGAUUUUCCGAUCAAUCUAGAUUCUUUAUAUUCAGUUUUGUUUGAAAAAUGUUGGUUUCAAAGUUAUGUAUAGUUUCAGUCUUUUAAGGUUUCUAGUUCAAUGUUAUUGUUUAAGAACAUCCACAAGUUUCUUCUAAAGUCAAAUGUAUGCCCCAACGUGUUUUGAAAUUAAUUUCAGUCAAAAAACGUAUAAUUCCGGGCUGUGCUUAGGGUUCCUUAUGUAAUUUUAAUGUUUAAAACUAUUCAAAAUUGUUAUUAAAGUAAUUUUUCCUAGUCUGAAAUUGGUUUUGUUUGCAUUUAUUCGAAUUCAAUCUAAAUUUCAUUAAAAAUUGAAAAAGUUUUGAUCUCUAGAAUUUUUCCUUUUUCUCAUAAAGUUCUACUAACUUGGCCCAACUCGUAUUCCCAUUCAUUUUCCUAUUUCCAAUUUCUCAUUCAAAAUUCUCAUUUCCUUUCACACCACGGCCACGACCAAUUUAAUAUCCAUCUUCUUUUCCUUCCCAAAAACAAUUCGUUUUUUUUCUUCUAAUCCACCAUUUUUUGUCAAUGUCUGAGAGGAUUUAUAUAUCGCAUCACUAUAUUAUUAUUAUUUUUCAAUGGUUUCCACUGAAUAGCAGGUGCAUUUGACAUAUGCCCAUAAUCUCUUUAGAUAUGCCGAAAGUGGCAAGUCAGAUUUAUAGUUCUGAAAGUGUAUUUGUAUAAGUAGCAUAUCAUAAACAAAAGUAUAAAGGAAUGAACAAAAAUAGGAUAGGAUUAGAUUAGCGAUUAUAAUAUUAUUAUACAGUAUACCUGAUUGAAGUAUUUAAUCAAAUUCAUAAUCUAAUCUAUUUGUUUAUUUAUUUAUUUAUUGAAAAUGAUUUGUUCUAGGAAUCCCAUCUGCAAGAUGCAAUUCUCGCCCAACAAGCAAGUACAUCCGGCGUUCAAGUCAAUCAUGUUAUUCCAACUCCAAAAGUCAAUCAAGUCGACGUCGAUCGAUACAACCUAGUGUAUCAGAAUCGUAAUAAAAAUCGUUCGAAAUAUAUCAAAGUUCAUGGUUUGUUGUUUUUUUGCAUUGAAAAUGGAUUUAUUUUCCGUUUGACGCAUUUGUUUAUUGUCCUUGAACUAGAAUUUUGCAUUUUUUUUGUCUGGUCACAUGAUGCUGUAAAAUGUAUAGGGGAAAAGAAGAAGAAGAAAGGAAACAUCUGUUGUCAUCAGUAGAACAGAUUUACGAUAAGUUUACACAUCACUUCAUAUCGAAUAUCCGAUUUGACCCCGGAUAAGAGGUGGUGUGAAAUUGAUAGUGUUUUUUUUUUUUGAAAAAUUGGAAAGGGAACACUUUUAUUAUCAUAGAAGAAAUAAUCUUUGAUUUCACUCUUAUCUGAGGUCAAAUCUGAUGAUGUGUAAACUUAUCCUAAAUAUCUUCUCAUUUUCAAAAGUGUCAGUAGCGAACUCAGUUUCUUGAUUGAUUAAAACAAAUAUUUUUCCUAUGCAGAAAAAUUUUGAAAAACUGAAAUUUCGGACGAAGAAAAUUCAAAAAACUUCCUUAUUCCCCCUAUCUCAUAAUCAAUUACUCAUGUUUUUUCUUCAUGGUUAACCGGUCAAUUUUUUGUUCACAUCACACAAUGUUUUUUGAUCAAUUAGUUAGUGUCGGGUUUUCCCCCCAGAGACUUGGGCUUUUUAAAGAAAUCCCCCAGAUGUCAAUUUAUUUCUGCAUGCGCGCGUAAACAAAGCCCGCCUCUCAUUUUUCUGACCUCGCAUAUAUAAUUAUUUUUAACAAGUAUUUACAUUCGAAAAAAAAAUCGGGCAUGCGAUUGUCACAUGCACUUUUUUGUCGCUUGUUUAUCUUUUUCCGCGUUUUUUUUUGACAAGAUGAAAAGUGCAAGCAAAUAUUGGGACGAAAAUGAACAAAAAUCGCUUUUAUUUUUUCAAAAAUAGCAUUUUUCAGCGUGGCAAGCACUUGAAAAAGACGAGCCCGAAUACGAUUAUGAUACUGAAGAUGAAGAAUGGCUAAAUGAUCAUCCUCAUAUUGAGGCAAAUGUUUUGGAGAGGAUAUUUGAUACGGUUGAGACGAACUCGUCGGAAACGCAAAUUGCCAGCGAGGAUUCGGUGUUGAAUAUUCAUAAAAGUGAGUUUGUACUAUUUCACAGUGUCCCGAACGCGUAUUGCGCCAGCACUCCACACUCCACACACUCUCUCGUUUUCUCUCUAUCUCUCAUCCGUCUCUUCAGCAAAGCGCGCUCUCUCAUCUUUUUUUGCGCUUUUGUUUUCUUGCUGAAAAAUGCUGGAAAUGGAAUUUUUGUAACUAAAUCGAGUAUGGAGAAGACAGAGGAAGAAAAAUUGAAGCUGUUCCAAGUUGUUUCAUGAAAAAUGGUUGAGAAUGAAAUGAGCAGGAGCUCUUCAAAAAUAAGCUUGUGCAAAAACAUCAUUUUUGACCCAGGAAAGCUGAUAAAAUUCAGUGCUAUACUUCCAAAACAUUGAAAUAGGACUCCCCAAGUCUGUGAAAUCAAUGAUAAUUCAAAACUAUGCCGUUUUUGUUAUUUUCAUUUCCAUCGAAAUUUGCCCAAAAUUGAUCAAAAAACCAGAUUUCAGAAGUUUAUUUUGAUCAAAUAUCUCCUAAAACACCUUGAAAGUAUUCUAAUUCAAAUAUUUAUCAUAAAACAAGUGCCGAAUCACAUUUUUCCUUCAUAAAAUUUGAAUUGUUUUUCUUCAAAAGAUAUUAACUAACUCAUUUUGAAUCCAAUCUUCACAUGUUUUAUAUCAAAACGUUCCUCUCAUUAUUCUCCAGAAGAUAUAGCUCAGUUUGGGAGUUUUCAUGCAAGUAAAAUUCAAAUCUAAUCGUUUCAAGAAAUAACCUAGUGUUAAAUUUUCAAAAAACCGACAAACAGGCUUGUGCGCUCUACCGCACAUGCACCAAAAAUGCGCACAACUUUUCUCUGGCUACGCGUUCGGGGCACUGUGUAUUUUAAAAAAACUGAUAAGAGGGGGACUAGGAUUUUCGUAUUUUGUGGAAAUCCUAGUCCCUCGAUGUUUGAUUCAUUAAUGAUUAAAGAGGUACUAGGUUUCUCAUAGCGGGUACUCCUAGUCUCUCGAUAUCGUGUCCAAAAAUAAGAGGGACUAGAAUUUUCUUUUGAUCUGGAAAUCCUAGUCCCUCGAUUUCAUAUCCAAAACUAAAAGGGACUAGAAUUUUCUUUUGAUCUGGAAAUCCUAGUCCCUCGGUUUGUGAUCCAUAAAUUAUUGAAGAGUUACUAGGUUUCUCAUAGCUGUAAAUCUAGUCCCUCGAUUUCAUAUCCAAAAAUUAAAAAUUUAGAGAGACUAGGACUUUUUUUUGAUUUGGAAAUCCUAAAUCCAGUACCUUGUUCACCAAAAUUCCCAAUUCAACCUCUUCUUUUCUCCAGAUAUUGAUCCGACGGUGAUUUAUGAAGUUUACGAGUAUUGGCUGUCGAAACGAACAUCGGCGGCAACAACAUCGGGUUGUAUCGGAGUGGGCGGUUUAAUACCGCGAGUCCGAACAGAAUGUCGAAAAGAUGGGCAGGGAUCGGUGAAUCCGUAUGUCGCAUUCCGAAGGCGUGCUGAAAAAAUGCAGACGAGAAAGAAUCGCAAAAAUGAUGAGGAUAGUUAUGAGAAGGUGACAUUUUUUAAUCGCAAUUUUCUAGCCAAAUUCUAACCCAUUUUUCAUUCAGAUCUUGAAAUUGGUGCACGAUAUGUCAAAAGCCAGACAAUUGUUUGAUAUGACAACAAAACGAGAAAAAGGCAAAAAUGUCGGUUCUGGACAUGGAAACAGAGAUUUUGGCGAAGCGAAUGGAAAUGUCCGAUUUUGGAACAUCGACAAUUUAUGAAGAAUUGAACGAGAAGCUAAGAACGGCCACAAAACCGCUGGUACAAAUCAAUGGAUCAAAUCAAGACGAGAAAAAGAAGAAGAAGGCGAAAAGAACGAAGGGAAUCGACAAGGAUUUGGUGUCGAAAGCGUGGCUCAAAAAGAAUGCCGAAUCUUGGAAUCGACCUCCAUCAUUGUUUGGAAAUGUUGGUGGAGAGACAUCGCAAGAAUCAGCGAAACCCGCGCGACAACCGCUGCCUGAUGGAAAAUAUACUUUCAAACGAAGGAGAGGUUGUGUAUAUCGUGCUGCUUUGCCAGUUCAAUAUAAUCACAAUCAACCAAGAGAAACAGCAAAUGAAAGAGUUCCACAGAAUAUGCGAUACUAUGAGACAUUUUUGCCGAAUUCACAAGGAAAUGUUCGAUCGAUUGGUUUUGCGAGAAAACGUGUUGGAAGAGGUGGAAGAAUUGUUUUGGAUCGGAUACCAAGAAAGGUUGAAACAGAAGAAGAAGCACCGGAAGUUGAGAGAAGAGUUCCGCGAAUUGUUGAUCCUUGGGAAGAGGAAUGUGUCAUUGAUACAUCUAGAAGCUUUGGAGCGCGAAUGCAUCCGUUUGCUGAAUUCUUGCAAGAGGAGGAAGAGGAUGAGCAAUUGUUGAAGAAGAAGAGGUAUUUCGAACGAGCGGAUCGGGUGAAUUUUGAUGAUGAGGAUGUGGAGAAAGAGUGGAUUUCGAGGUAUUGUGGAGCGUGGAGAGAUGUGAAUGCGAAUGGAGCGGAAAGUGAGUAUUUUGGGGGGUUUUUGGGCUAAAAAUCACGAAAUUUCGAUGUUUUUGAGCCUGGAUUCAUGAGAAUUGAGAUUUUAUUCAAAAAUUCAAGUGUUUUCUGAUGAAAAUUGGAGAAUUUCAAAGGAUUGAGCCAAAAAUCUAGAGAUUUUUCGUCCUAAAAUUCACGAUUUUCUGGAGUUUUUGAUGAAAAACUGAAAAUUUAACCAUUUUUCGUCUUCCAACAAACUUCAUCUAAAUUUCGCAGAAAUUGAAUUUCCCAAGCGGAAAACUUUGAUUUCCGAAAUGUUAUCCAAAUUUCCGGUCAAAAAAAGGAAUUUCCUGAACAACAUUUCAAAAAAAAUGUUUUUUUUUGCAGAAGCUUCUCUGGAAACGUCAGACUCAUCGGACAAAAAAGCGGAAUGUGCUCGAAUUGGCGGCGGUGGAGAUGGUGAAUUUAGUGAAGUUGAACGAAUGGAAGUUGAUGAUGCUGAAAUUGACGAGGAAGAAGCUGAAAAUCCAUCACAAAUCUCUGAAACAUCUCAAACGAACGGGAUUAAAGCGGAAAUUUUGCCGACGACUCCAAUCGAAGAACCACCACCUUUGACAAAUGGAAAUGGGAAUUUGAAUGGCAACGGAAAUGGUUAUAAAAAUCAUCAUGAAUUGUUGAAUGAGGAGGAGAGGAUGAUUAAAACCAUUAAAAUUGAUAUGCCAAGAGAGGAUUCGCCGCCGUCGAAAAUUGCGCAUGAAACAUCGGGCGAUUUGUCGUUGUCGGGAAACGAGUUGGCGGGCAGAGUGGAACCGACGCCGGUUCCUGCGAAGGUUGGUGAUUUUCUGAGGUUGAGAGAGGAUUUUGGGCUGAAAAUUUACGAUUUUUUGAGUUUUCAGUCUGAAAUUCUUGAGAUUUGGCUAGAAAUUGUUGAAAUUUUUGAUUUUCAACCUAAAAAUUAUGAAAUACAGCUUAUUUUGAGUUGUUUCUGUCUAUUUUCUAAAAUUUCGAUUUCUUUCUGUAAAAAUGUUCCCCUAAAGGCCUAAAUUUAUUAUCAGCAAAAUCUGAAACUAGAUUCUGAAAUUUUAAAAUUCAAUUGGUAUAUUGUAGAUGUGCGGAACGGUAUCGGACUCGGAUGAGUGGAGAGAACCAAGCGGAUCACCAUCCGAAUCGAAUUCAUCAACAGAAUGGGAAAGAAGACCAACCACCUAUAAAACAUCAGCAACCAAUACACAAAUGAUUGUAAAAGUUGUUGAUGUGGAAGAAGAAGAAGAUGAGAAAUAUGAUGAUGAUGACGAUGAUGAAGAUAUAAUGAUGAAUGAAGAAGAUUUGGAUUUAGAAGAUGAAGAUGAUGAGGUGGAAAAACGAGUUGGUGGAUCGGGAAGAAAAAGAAUGGGUGAAGAGGAAGAAGAUGAGACUGAUGAUGGGAAGACGGCGAAUGCUGCUGGACCAACACCAUCUAUCAAAGAGUGCGUUUUUUAUGUGAAUUGUGUGAAAAAUGGGUGUUUUCUGGUCUAAUCUACUGAAAAAUUGAAAUUUUGAGCCCGAAAUUGUGAAAAAUGAGCAUUUUUGGGUUCUGAAACCUAAGAAAUUUUGAAUUUAUGGCUGAAAAUAUGGUCAGAAUGCUCGAAAUUCAGAAAAAUUGUGAAUUUUUUUCUGAAUUUUUAUCAGAAAAAUCGGAUUUUCAGUAAAUUUUAGCUGAAUGAAAAUCUUACAAAUUCGGCCAAAUUUUGAAAUUUCCUAAAAACUGCCACGUGGAAAUUGUCAUUUGUCUAAUUUUCUUAUUUUUGCAGCGCCCUAUCAACAGUAACAUUAAUGGAGCGAAAAAACAAGUUUAUUCUACCUCCAUCCAAAAUCGGAACUUGA